AUGUUCAAAUACAAAGAACGCCACUUCGCCGCAAAACCUAACAGAAAGCCUCACCGCCAGGUUUUGCCGGUCAAAUUUUCCGUGAGCCCGAUAGCGGCUAUCGUCCGCCGUAUCCAAACUAAUCACUACGCGAAGAACCGGACCACGGCCCCGACGCACGCACCCGACUCGGCCAAGCGGGGUUUCAGGGGUAAAUUCUCAUUUCAACUUCAUUCCCCUUUUGAUGAUCAAUCAACACAAAACUACACCAAGAAGGAUCCUCUUCCAAUCAAAUUGAUCUUUUUAUGGCGUCCGACCAAGGAGCUGGCAAUCCGGCCGGCAGGAGACUUCUUAUGGGUGGACUAUCAGAAUGAUCACUUGAAAAAUCGCGAAUUACUCCGAUAUAGGCAGGCUUUCGUGCGAAGCCGACAUCAUCGUUUGCGGAGAGAAAAGGCGGUGCAACAGUUCAGCACUGCCACGGGUCCGUUCUCCACAGAGCACAGUCCACCGUCGACCCAAACUGCGGAUGCUCAUGGCUCACGAACCCACCGACGUCGUCUUGCAAAGUGUGAUCACCGUGAUGAUCUUGAUAGCUGCGCGGCUCAGCAAACCCCGGUACUAGUAUCGUCUCUCCAAGCUGGGGUUCUCGACGGAGGGCCUGCCCUGGCACUAAGCGCAAAUCAAAACCCGAAUGUUUACUUCCAUCACUUCUGGUUCUGGAAAAAGGCACUAGAAGAUCCCACGUUGAUGCAAAUAAAGUUGUCCAUUAGUGCAUCCCACCGAGCUGCGAUUUUAACUGCAUCUGGUGCUUCUACAGCAAUCGUACAGAAGCCAGCGCAGGAUGCGCUCCGCCUUCGUGUUGGAACAAUCAAAUCUCUCCGAUGUAUGCUGCAAGAUGCAGCCACUGUGUCCUCCGAGGAAACCAUAUUUAUCAUUGCUCACAUCAUUGUUUCAGAAGCUUUCGAGGCCAACUCAGAGGCUGCUGAGACGCAUAUGAACGGCUUAAAGAAAAUAAUCGCUGCAACAGGCGGGAUGGACACUCUUGGGCACGGAACCCUCUCUAUGCUCUACUGGUAG